ACCAAAGGGAAUUUGAGUCAGAGAAGCCUGAGAUCUCCCCCAGUAGCUUUGCCUUCACAUUGGACUUACAGCUUCACCUUGGGCCAUUUCCAGCCAUGAAGCUUCUUCUGCUGACUUUGGCUAUACUACUGCUCUUGUCCCAGCUCACUCCAGGUGACACCCAAAAAUGCUGGAAUCUUCAUGGCCGAUGCCGACAGAAAUGCUUCAAAAAGGAAAAAGUCUAUGUUUACUGCACCAAUGGCAAACACUGCUGUGUGAAGCCCAAGUACCAGCCAAAAGAAAAGCCAUGGUUAUUUUAAGUUUAUUGAAGCCUAAUGCCUAAUGCAAAUGAGCCUACCCUGAAUCAGAUCCCAGCGGAUUCUUGAGCUACAUUAAUAAAACAUUUCUGACUGAU